UAAACAGGAACGAACCCGCGAGCAUUAUCGAUUAUCAGCUUUGCAUUCGGGCGAAUCCUAUUCGGUGCACCCUGCUUCCCCCAGACCAGAUGGAACAGCCGCAGAUUGCGGAGGACAUGCGAAUGACGUGCUCACAGGGUCGCCUGCUGGAGAUGAGCGAGCAGACCCGCCUGGGCGUGAUGGCCGGGCACGACACCCCCCUCAAGGCCGAGGUGGACGACUACGAAAUGGUCAGCCUCGAGAACGGACGCGAGAGUCCCUCGUCCCUCAAGAACAGUCCGGACGAAGGUCGCCACGAGCACGCGGGUGUCGGCGCUGAUAGUGGUCGUGACAGCCCCCUCAAGCCUGACAGCGACGGCAUGGUCCUUGAGGGCGAGGACGUGCUGGCGAAGCUUCGAGAACAGGUGUCUUCGGCCAAGCUCCUGACGCAGGGCAUCAGUAAUAACAAUCCCAUCAACAGCUUGUACGACCGCCUGCACACCCUCCUCCAGGGGAAGAUGGCCCAGGGGCUGCAGUUUUACACCUGCUGUCACACUGCAGAGCUUUUACACUAUGAACAGUUUGAUGUGGAGAUUAUAUCCAUGUGA